ACCUACAGCACAUCCUAACGAGGUUGAUAAUUAUGUGAGGAUAUAUUGAACUAUUCCUUGCAGUAUGCUAAUCAUACUUGGGCUUGUUGUGCGAUAUUAUUUUAUACAAAUUAGCGAACUAUAAGAAAGAGCACACAAACUAUCAAAAACAUAAUUGCAAAUUGGAACAUACUUGAAUUAGAAUAUUCCCUAGAAAAUACUAGCUAUCGUGAUAAGCAAAUAAUUAUAAGAGUAUCAAAACUAGCAUAGAAUAUUAUCUCUUAUGCAACAUAUAUCAUUUACAAAAAAGUCAGUGUGCCAUAUACACCACAGACAGUUUUAUCAUGUGCUCAAAUUGAAUAUCUCUAGAUUUUAUAUUAUUCGUUUAUCAUGUCUAUGUAUUAGAUGCGAGACACAUAAGAAUAAUAAUUUUAAAGUAGGUAUUAUAAAUGAUGUUAUACAAUGUACUUAGAUAGAUUUACAUAUCCUUCUUUUAUAUCCUUUGACAUGUUGCAACGACUGUAGAUAAAGUAUUCUUUUAGAACAAUAAUAUGUAUAAGUAUUUGUUAUAAAAAAUACUGAUUUGUUCUCUACUGCCAUAUGUUAGUUUUUUAGAAUAUUAUAUGAUUAAAAAUUUUACUGAACAAUGACUGCAGAACUAUGAAUUAUGAGACAUCAUAAACGUUGACGACAGAGCAGCAUUGCCAUUAGUUUUAGAUAAAUUAAUUUCUAUUAUAAUUUUAUAGUACAAUUAUCUAUGACCAUGUCAACAAUAAAACAGUUUUACGUCAAACAUAGUUCACAGUGGUAUUAAGAUUAAGAGGUCAUAAAUACCAAAAGAAUUUCGUCCGUUAUCUCCUUGCCAGUGUCAUCUCAGUACUUAUAUGUUGUAAUUUUCUGAUCACUUAUGGAUCGAAUAACAUAAGUCUAGGGGCAAAGAGAUCAGAUGCCACAAUAUUUGUAAAAAUAAAAAGAAAUAAUUUUAUCCAAUGACAUUAGUCCACAUAAACAUUAUUAUGUCAGAGACAAAUGUGUAUUAUCCCCAAUAGAAUAUAGUGUUUAGCAUUCAAGUUCAUAAAAUUGUAGUAGGCAUUCAAUUGAUUCAGGAUAGUAAAACAUAUCGAAAUCUGCAUCCUACAUCAGUUCCUCUUGAAACAGAAUACGUGAGACUUUCUGUGAACAUGGAUAAAUUAAAGUGUUUGACUUCUGAACAAUUAGAAUCUUGGAUAAAAAAGGUUUUAUAAAAAUAUUGGGCAUCUGCAGCCAUAAGGAAUUCAAUGAGUUGAACGUGGCGUAUAAUGAGCUUUUUGACCGGAAACAACGUGAGAAUGUCAAAGGAUAGAGUCUGCGUGGGUAGGAAACGACAUGAAGAAGGAAGCUGGUUACAUAGACUACACCGUAAAGUCGAUCCACAAUUUGCAAAUGCACAGUGCUGUCUUCACAAAGGCAAUAACGAACCCCAAAUUCUUGGACGUCGUCGAGGGACAUCCUUCGUACCGAGGACAUCUUGCUUCAUCAUACAAAGGCACACAUUAAGCCACCAGAAAAUGGUGCUCCAUACCUUGUGCACCAGGACUAUCCGUACUUCCCAUUCAAGAAGCACACAAUGAUUGCUGCUCUUCUGCACAUGGAUGAUACCGCUCCUGAAAAUGGUGGCUUGGCUGCUUACCCAGGAAGUCACAAAUUAGGGCCCUUAGAGGAUUUUGGUACUAAGGAUCAAAAGGGUGAAGCUUAUCACUGAGUUGAUCCUAAGAAAUAUUCUCUCUCCGAAGCCACCCCAGUAACUGCCAAACAGGGUGAUAUUGUAUUCUUCUCGUACUUGCUACUUCAUAGGUCUUAUUUAAAUCUGUCCAAGAAAACUCGUCGCAUGUUCCUGGUUCAACUGAGAGUAGCUGAUGAUCAGCCUGUUGAACACGUUCAUCAGUCUUCUUGUCAAAAUCUAGUACUGCGGGGAAAGAAUAUUCAUUGUAAGGCAGACAUGGCUUCUAGAUUCCAGGAAAGUCUUACUGUUACUAAUAAAUGAACAGGUCUAUUGCUUACCAAUAAUCUACUAGCUAAUACAGCCAGCUUUUUUUGUUUAUAUGCCAUAUAAUUUCCUUGAAUUUUAUUAUGUAACAAUUAUAACAUAUCAUUAUCAUUAUUGCAAAGCGCGCAAUUGCUUCUCAAUGUAAACUUCAGGUAUUAUUUUGAUGCUCAAUUCAUAUUUUCCUCUCGCGUUACCAUUAUGACUUCAAGUUUUUGAUUUUGUGAAGUAUUUUAUAGGUUUUUGUAAUUCUUUAUUUGAUAUAUUAAGAUAAGGACUUAUAAAAAAGCGAGUAUUUCGCGUCUUGCACUUUCCAUAACAUGAUUACAUGGUGUAAAAUCUUUAUUAUAUUUUUAAAGGUCAAACUAUGACUGAAGAACACGAUUCUCUUGAGUUGCUGAAUGACAUUGAUAAUGAUUGAUUUCAGUUGAAUGAACCAAACUGCAGAUAUUCAGUGCAGAAAGUCAGGAACCCCAUACCCUGGGGCUGGACGCCAAUGAAUAAAAUGUAUCUAGAUAUCCGAAUGCAGAGUGUUGCGCUUAUUCGCGAUAACUUCACAAAUCCAUCUUGAGAAUCCUCUAUUGAGCCUAUAUGUAUAUCGGAUCGGUGCAGAUUGGAGCAGCCGUGGGAGCUGAACCAAGAAACGUAGGAACGCGCGGACCGCGAACCGCCACAGUGUUGUCGACGAGAAGGCUACACGAAGGCGAGGAUUUCUCAUUUUUUUACGUCGAGAGGUUGAAAAUCACGAGAAAAAGGAUGUUGGACGCGCGUUUCGGAGAAUUCUUGGCCGCGUGAGGCCGAUCGAGGAGCUCGUGCGGGACUAUCGCGAAUUGAACGAAACACAUGUGUCGGCUGAGCCGUAUUCUACAUAGCGAAGUGCACUCCCGUGUUUGGUCGUCGAGGAUCGCCUACUACGAGAGCUAGCUCAUCCUCCGGGUAGUGUUGCACGUAGCUGGACCUUCUGUUCGAUCCUGAAAAAAGCGUUGAACGAUGGGCUGCCCUUUUGGAGGGAUAUAGGACACGUUACGGAAGGCGGCAGUGCGUGGGUGGGUGGGUGUCUUGCUGGCGACUGCUUCACUCCUUCACACUGAAUUCCUCUCAGGAAUUUCAUGCCAAACACUCCUGAGAAUCUCAUGGAGAUCCAUUACCCAAGAGAGCGAAGGAUGCUGGUACUCAUACUUCAAGCUAGACUGUUACGAUAGACUGGGCUGCAUUAUACUUGUUGAUGUCGAGUGACAGUCAAGACUGGGUUAGCUAGAGCUUUGUAGCUCUGGUAUUUUAUAUAGCUACGAGAGGACACUCAAGGGACCUAGGACGGUCCUUCCAUACACCAGUUUCUUUGAUAUCUAGAGUCUAAACUAUGCAAGGUUAAACGGCGGAGAAUGGGUCGCAGUAGGGUGUCAGCAUGCGUGAGAAGCCAGCAGAAUGUCACACUCACGCGGGUCACGUGAGGGGCGCGGCAGACAUGUGCUCGCGUGAUCCUCCAGCCCUGCAUCCAGCGCUUGCCAAGGCCAAUGGUAAAAAUUCGAGUCCUCAACCGACCCAUCACGCCGAAGCACGAAUCGACAACGUUCUCCCGACACCUGGGGGGCGACUGAAGUUCUUCAAGGAUGGAAAGUUCAUCUUGGAACUGUCGCACCGCAGAGAUGGUGAACGCACCACGUGGUUUCCUGUUCCAAAGAAAACAUUUUGGCCGCCUGCUAGUACUACCCCUAACAGGCAAGAGAGUUCCACCUCCCUCAGUGUUUCCGACGAUAACUCAUCGGUUCAAUCGAGUCCAUGGCAGAGGGAUCACUGCUGGAAACAGGCGAAUCCCAGGCGCAAACUUUGCACGGAGUUCAACUUUUUCUACCGCAGAAAUCCGCGGAAUCGUCUGUGCGCUCAUCCUCGCUUAGUAGCGCGAAAACGUAGACGGCCAUUGGAUCCAAUGCCUCUACUCCUGGUAUCAGACUCGAGCAUUGGGAUGAGUACAGGCACAGGCUUCACAAGAGUCCAUCGUAAAGCAAACGGUGUCCCGACAGGCAAGACCCUGGGUCUCAUUGUCGAGAAGUUAGCUCGACUUUUGGAUCCUAACGUGGUGUCGCCCCGUAAGCGUAUCCUUCGUGAAUUGGAGAGAGUCACUCUCGAGGAUCAGGCGUCAAAGAGGCGUGCUACUCCACAGCCGAUAAACACAUCAACCAGCGCUCCUGCACCUUCGCCGAAGCAGCUAUCCUCUUACAGUAUAACCAGUAUCUUGGGCGAGGACAAACCAAGUGCGGAGCCAGGCUUCCUGAGGAACUUGCUAAAGCCAGAGGACAGGCAACCCAUUAAAUACUCAACAAGUCAUCCUUAUCCAAGGGCACGAAUCGAGCCGUACGUUACACCGGCUAACACGUCUAUCCAUCAUCCACUUUACGGGGUCCCGAUGCUACCACCUGGGCCAUACAGGGCUCCACUUUGGAUGCACUAUCCACCGCCCGUCCAUUAUCCACCACCAAUGCCGCUUUAUGCUCCGGCGCCGCCUCAUCCGCCAUCUCCUCCUGUUCACCAUUACAAAGACUACAGGGAACAAACUCUCACACCUCCUUCAGAUAUGCCUCUGAAUCUGUCGAAGCAUGCGGGUUGAAUCUCAGGAUCCCAAAAGUUGGUGCCUUAUCGAUGGACAAAAUUAUGUGAACACUGCCCGUGCAACGACAAUGCGAUAUAUUAGUAUUUUUUUAUCCAUAAACAACAGUAACGUAGUAGAUAGGGAUUCGCAGUCAGAUCAUUCACGAUCGGCUGAAUAUAUACUUGUACAUACGAAUGCAUAAGCUGUCACCCUCGAUGAUAGGUAUUUUAUAUUAUUAUAUCUAUUAAUUGAUUAACGAAUAGUAUUAAUGCGGAUUCUGUUGGAGGUAAAGUGCCAUAUUGGAUAGUUUGUCUGACGUAAAACUUCGUUAUUGCGACACAUCGCGGAACAGGUCCUCCCCUGUUCCGUAAAUCGCUACGCUUCCGAAGAAUUCAAUACACUCUUCGGAACAACGUUAAAGUCAAAGACAAAAAUAAUAAGACAAAUUACGAAAUUGAAUAGAGAAAAGAAAAGAAGACUCUCACAUCGUGCAAUCGUCCCAAUAAAGUUUUGCGACAAACACUCGAGUAUUCGUGUCACUUUAUCUGCAACUAUACCCGCGUACUCUAUGUUGCAAAGUACGACAGAGCGGCGUUAAGAGAAAGAUGAAGACAAGAAAGAAAAAAAAGAAAAACACGGAAGACAUGCUGAAAAGGCGAAGAAAAGGAUUGUAAGGCGCAUCCUAUUUUCAUCCCUGUGCAUCUCAUUUACAUAUUAUCUUGUUAUUAAUUCUUAUUAAUGUUACUGUCAUUAUUAUCAUUAUUAAACGGUAUGACAUUAGAGGUAUCGUAAGAAAGACAUAGGAUUAUGUACAGAGCAGAUAUUACCUACACUUAGGAUAUUAAUUAUUAUUAUUAUUAUUAUAAAAUCGUAAUGCAUCGGUUAAUUUAGAUUAAAGGUAUCUAUUCAUAGCGGACAAACUAUCUUUAUUUAUACGAUAUCAGCGAAGACAGCAAAAUUAACCGGUAAUGAGCGUGGAGUGUGCCUUAAAAAUAGUUUUCUAAAGUUCAUCAAACAAAAUUGUACACAUCCCUUGUCGAGACAUUAUUAUUAUUAUUAUUAUUAUUAUUAUUAUAUGUACAUAUACAUGAACGUAAUAACGCGUAUCUAUACACUGAGAGGAAACACACGUGCAUACGUAUACAUUCGUCACUCUAUUUAUUGUUAAUGUGAUACACCGAGAGACAUUUGAAGAGAAAGGCAAGUUCAUUUGAGCUCUAACAAUUAAUAAAUAAUCUUAAUUAUUCAUUUACAUAAAAAAUUCAUGGAUUCGAAAGAUGAUUCUUGAGCAUGCGACCGAGCGUGAACAAUUGUAUAGAAAGACUAAUUUCAUAAAUAUAAAUAUUUCGUAUACUA